AUGAGCAAUGAAUAUCCACCCCUAGCUCUUGAUGACCUUGUUCAUAUCAUAUCCCUCUCCCCGGCGCCACCACUCGCAACACUGGAUGACUCCCAACUACCCCUCCGGCCCAAAAUCGCAUAUCCUAGGCCCCAAAAUGACACUGACAUACAAGAAAUACGCAUGAAUAUUACGGAUAUGCAUGAUCUUGGUGGAGGGGAGAAAGAGCUACCCGAUAUAACGGUGAAGGAAAAUGAUGUCGUACAUCCUGAUCCAGAGCAAAUCAUUAGACAGGCCGAAAUUAUAUCCUGCCUAACUGACCAGCGCGAUAUGCUCGUGCGACAGGCAGAGGAGCAGAGAUUGCGGUGGAACUCAGAGAAGGAUGGUUGGGCACGGAUGGCCGAAGCACUUAUUGUACAGCAGGCCAAGCACAGGAGUUCGUCUGACAAGGAUGAGGAGCUCGAGCGACAACAUGCUAUAACUGAAGCAGACAACCGAAGUCUCCGCCAACGA